CCAACAAACCUUCAUUCCCUCUUCAUCCUUAUCCCUCUGCUCUACUCUGCUCUCCUCCAAUGGCCUCCACCAUCUCUUCUCCUUUUCUCCAACUGCAAUUUCCAUUGACCAGAAAAUCGCCCAACCGUUCCACUCCCCCAUUUUUUGUUCGUCCUGUCACUAGAGCCUCCGUCUCCGAGAGACCAUCCUUGGCCGUACCGCCAGUAGCGCCUGCAGAGCUUCCCGUCCAGAAAAUCCCUGGUGAUUAUGGUCUUCCUCUUAUUGGACCCGUCAAAGACCGUCUUGAUUAUUUCUAUAACCAGGGCCGCGACGAGUACUUCAAAUCACGCAUCCAGAAGUACCAGUCAACAGUUUUCCGCACCAACAUGCCGCCCGGACCCUUCAUCUCUCCCAACCCGCGCGUCGUCGCCUUACUUGACGGAAAAAGCUUCCCCGUGCUCUUCGACGUCUCCAAGGUCGAGAAGAAAGACGUGUUCACUGGCACUUUCAUGCCUUCCACGGAGCUCACCGGAGGUUACCGAGUUCUCUCCUACCUCGAUCCCUCCGAGCCCGGGCACGAGCAGCUCAAGCGCCUCAUGUUCUUCCUCCUCAAAUCUUGUCGUGACAAGGUCAUUCCUGAGUUCCAUUCUAGCUACGCCCAGCUCUUCGACACGCUCGAGAACGAGCUUGCCGCGAAUGGAAAAGCUAGCUUCGGCGAUGCCAACGAUCAGGCUGCUUUUAACUUUCUGGCUCGAUCCCUCUACGGGACCAACCCGGCCAAUACCAAACUCGGGCUAGACGGCCCAAAGAUAGUCCAGAAAUGGGUGCUCUUCCAGCUCAGUCCUAUUCUCAUUCUGGGCCUCCCGAAGCCCAUUGAAGAUGGCAUAUUCCACACCUUUCGUCUCCCUCCAGCCCUGGUCAAAUCAGAUUACCGGAGGCUGUACGAUUUCUUCUACGAGUCCUCCGGUUCCGUGCUGGACGAAGCGGAGCGUUUGGGGGUGUCCAGAGAAGAAGCCUGCCACAACCUAUUGUUCGCGACGUGCUUCAAUUCUUUCGGUGGAAUGAAGAUAUUCUUCCCGAACAUGCUGAAGUGGAUCGGGCGGGCAGGGGUGAAACUUCACACGGAGUUGGCGAAGGAGAUCAGAACGGCGGUGAGGUCGAACGGGGGAGAAGUGACGAUGAGGGCGAUGGAGAUGAUGCCGCUGAUGAAGUCGGUAGUGUACGAAGCAUUCAGAAUAGAACCGCCAGUAGCGUUGCAGUACGGGAAAGCAAAGAGAGAUCUGGUGAUCGAAAGCCACGAGAAGAGGUUCAAAGUGAAGGAAGGGGAAAUGUUGUUCGGGUACCAGCCAUUCGCAACGAAGGAUCCGAAGAUAUUCGAGAGAGCGGAGGAAUUCGUGGGUGACAGGUUCGUCGGGGAGGGCGAGGAGUUGCUGAAGCACGUACUAUGGUCAAACGGGCCAGAGAAUCAAGGUCCGACGGUAGAUAACAAGCAGUGCGCGGGAAAGGAUUUCGUGAUGUUGGUGUCGAGACUGUUGGUGGUGGAGCUGUUUCUUCGGUAUGAUUCGUUUGAGAUUCAAGUCGGAUCCUCGCCGCUGGGUUCUUCCGUCACGCUCACCUCUCUCAAGACUGCAAGCUUUUGAGCAACUUUUCCGCCUGAUUUUGGAAUCAAUGGGAUUAUUGUUUAUCAUGUGCCUUUCAUUCCAAGAGUGGGAAAAGCUAUAGAAGACAAUGACAGGUAAAGAGCCAGGCGGGAAGAGAAUCAGCUUUGGCCUGGGAGGAGGGGCCAGCAUGUUAUUAUUGUAUUAUUACACAGGAUUUUACUUUUCAUUUUUUGAUUAUUGUUGAAUAUCUUAUGAAAGUUGACACUACAGGGUCGACGCCCUAAGGUGCUUCUUCUUCUUCUUCUGACUUCUUUGAAGCAAUCUAACAUUUUAGCUGAGUAGGAUUUGUAUGGUAAGAUCUUUUAAUUA